AUGCCACUUAUCCUCAGAGCCACCGUCUCCGCACCGCCCAUCUUCAGAGCCACCAUCUCCGCACCGCCCAUCCUCAGAGCCAUCGUCUCCAUGCCGUCCAUCCUCAGAGCCACCGUCUCCGCACUGCCCAUCCUCAGAGCCACCGUCUCCGCACUGCUCAUCCUCAGAGCCACCGUCUCCGCACCGCCCAUCCUCAGAGCCACCGUCUCCGCACCGCUCAUCCUCAGAGCCACCGUCUCCGCGCCGCCUAUCCUCAGAGCCACCAUCUCCGCGCCGCCCAGCUCCUUAUGUCUUUAUAUUUACAGUUUAUCCAUGUGCGCCAAGAGUAGGUUUUUUUGAUUGACCCCUUCAGAAACACCAAGGAGCUGGAGUCUUCU